ACUCCUACUUCCAUCCAUCAUCAACGAGCAAAACCCCCUCUGCUCCUACAUUUCCCUCCUCCAACAAUGAACCUUCAAGGAGCAAUAGAAGCUGAUGAUGUUGGUAAGCUAUACAGCUUAAUUGAGGAGGACGAAAACCUCUUAGAUCAUGGAUCCGCGGGCCCAUUCCCAAAUACUCCACUACACGCGGCCGCGGACAAGGGGAAAACUAAAGUGGCCAUGGAGAUAGCCAUCUUGAAGCCGUCGUUCGCUCAAAAGCUGAAUCGAGGGGGUGACAGCCCCAUGCACUUGGCUUUGAAAAAUAAGCAUUAUCACACUGCGAGGGCACUGAUGACCCUCAAUCCCGCGUUGAUCCGAGUCCGAGGCCGAGGCGGGAUCACCCCUUUGCAUUUUGUAGCCGGGAAAAUAGGAGACAAUGAGCUCCUCGAACUCCUAGCUGAAUUCCUAUAUGCUUGCAAACCGUCAAUUGAAGACUUGACAAAUCGAUGCGAAACUGCGGUUCACGUUGCCAUAAAAAACCACAACCUCAAAGCGUUCAAGGUUUUGCUUGGAUGGCUUAAGCGAGUCGAUCUAACACAAAUCUUGCAAUGGAAAGACGAAGAUGGUAACACUGUCUUACAUAUUGCUGUAGUCGAAGAGCAGCUUGAGAUCAUCAAGCUGUUGAUUGGACACACGGAUGUAAAUGCGAAGAACUUUCAGGGGGAGACGGCUCUGGAAAUCUUCAAAGAUAGUCAUCCUUCCGACAAUCAAGAUGUUGCGAGGAGGUUGCGAGGACGUUCUACUCCUAACCUCUGUCUAUCAGAGUAUUUUAGCAGGGAACUAACUAGCAAAGAGAAGUACGAAUUUUUCUUUGGCUCCGGAGAUGCAACGGCUCGCGACAUAAUCCUCAUAGUGGCUACCUUAAUUGCUACUGCCACUUACCAAGCCGCUCUCAGUCCUCCAGGAGGAUACUGGCAGGAUUCCUCUCCCUCUUCAAAUCCCUUGGCCAAUUCCACUGUCGCUACCACCAAUUCCAGUGGCAUUGCUAUUGAAAAACCACAUCAAGCCGGAGACAUUAUCAUGAAAAGCCCAAAUCUAUAUUUCUUCUCGGUUGUCAACAGCAUGGCUUUUUUCGCCUCUAUCGGCACAAUCUUGGCCACCGCUCUUCCAUUGUGGCCUCGCACUAGCAUGGUUUACAUCUCUAUGGUCAUUCUCGGCGUUGCCUUCACUUUUAAUCUUGUAUCCCAAUUCCCAAAAUCUGAGGAGGUCCCAGGACUUCUGCUAGGGUAUUUUAAUCUGUCGUUGCAGGUCGCCGUGAUGGUGGUCCCCUUGGUUGUGUGGGGAAAGCACCUCGGAAUUGUAAACCGAAUCGAUCCCCCAGGUAGACACAUCCACAACCUCCAAGGGUAGAAAGGUCAAAAAUAAUUCGCGAGUGUUGAUUACUUUAGCUAUUUUCGUUGCGUAUGCAUGUAAUCUAUGUGUCUAGUCUUGAGGUUUGCAAGAACUAGAUUCCUUUAAGUAGUUGCAUGUUGGAGUCAUCAAUCAAUUCCUCAAUUCCUAAAAGACCUCUAAUCUUGCUUGAAAUCAGGACUUCAAAUAGCUUUUUCCUAUGAAAUGACAUCGAAGAGCACCGAAUCGAAGCUUGCAAACAUGA